AUGGGUCUCACAGCCCCCCGUUUUCCCUUCCUCCUCCAUCUUUUCAAAGGUACACCAGAUGUCAUUGUGGAUCCGGCAACAGGGCCCAUGGAGCCAAUCAACCGGACAGACCACGAAAGACUGGACGGAGUCGGGGAAACGUUCGAGUUCCCUGGGGACGACGGACACAGCCUGGGAAUGCCACAGAAGGGAAUGACGCGGAUCGGGAUGAGGUCAGAUCGUACCUCCAGUCGAUCGAUUAGCUUUGUGGAUAUCCCUCAGGAUCUUGGUAGCACCUCGACUGGCUGCAUAAUUCCUGUUUUGAAGGGUAGUCCCUCCCAUCCAGCUCCCAGGGUUGGCCGGUUCGUUGCUAGUCCACCUGCUGAUAAGGCAAUUAUGAAGGCGUGGACUCCGUGGAGUGGACAUGGGCCGUGGCAGGAAUUGAACCUACGGGUUGAGCCAGUGUGGUGGCGCACCCAGUGGACAGAGUGA